UUUAUACAGCUCUGUGCUGUUUAGAUUUAUUCUUCACUUGAAGUUGCAUGAAAGUUAAUUAUAUUUUAUAUUUAAUUUUUUAAUAUUUUAAUAUUAAGUAUAUAUAGAUGUUAAAUUGUGAUUAUGGCCGGUGUAUCAUUUGCUGGAGUCGAAUUACGAAAACUUCCAGCCAGCUUCCGCAUAAAACUCGGUCAGAUAUUGGAUUUGGACGAAUCCUGGAAGAAGCUCAUGUGUCGCAUCCCGUCAGAACUGAAUCCAACCGGAAGUAGCAAGUACUCCGCUGAGGAUGUCUUCCUUGUGGAACGACACGCCAGAAAAACUGGGGCAUAUGGUGGCGAAAUUCUUCUUGACGAAUGGUCAACUUCCGGAAAAAAUCGACCUACGGCAGAAACACUGCUACAUCUCCUUAUCCAGUGCAACCUCUUUCGUGCCGCGGACUACGUAGCGACUGAAAUACUGGGGGAAGAACCUCCCCAACGGCCAGACAACGGACCUGCCGCAAGAGUGAAGCCGGAUUGUGAAGAAAAUACAAUGACGGACCUUGCUGCUAGUGGUGGGGCUGAUGGGUCGGCAGAUCGGUUACAAGACGUAUUAGAACGACUCAAUAAUCACGAUUCCUCACAAGGAAACUUGAUCCCGUUUCAUAUCGCGGUAAUCGAAGCUGUUACGAAAAACUUUCACCAGGAAUUCUGCAUUGGUCAUGGAGCUUUUGGGACCGUGUAUAAAAUGGAUUUGACAAGAAAUGGGGGACCUAUGUUGGCGAUCAAGUUGCUUAAUCCAGUAUGCUCCGUUGUGGAGGACCAGUUCUUGACCGAGAUUAGGGUACUCUCAGAGUAUCGACACGAAAACCUACUUUGUCUCAUCGGAUAUUGUACGAAUGGACCACAGUAUUGCUUAAUUUAUGAGUACAUGUCAAAUGGGUCUUUGUUGGAUAUGUUACAAAACGAGCCGAAUCGAUUAGAGUGGAGGAAACGAGUAUCAAUUUUGUCGGGCGUAGCGAAAGGGAUUCUAUAUCUUCAUACGGCAAGAGACACACCGUUGAUUCACCGAGAUAUAAAGUCGGCUAAUAUUUUGUUGAGCGAUAACUUAUCCCCAAGGAUUGGCGAUUUUGGUUUGGCAAAAUCCCUAUCAUCUUCCAAUCAGACUUCUGCCUUAACGUCUACAAUUUUCGGGACGUCUGCGUAUAUGGCACCUGAAGCUUUCCGGGGUGACAUAUCACCAAAAAUGGACAUUUUCAGUUUUGGAGUGAUUAUUCUUGAAUUGCUAACUGGUCUCCCACCCUAUGACGAAACCAGAGAAGGAAAUGACAUUGUUACUUAUUUAGACGAACUAGUCGAGGAUGACGACAUUUCUCCGUUUAUCGAUCCAAAAGCGAGAGGCGUUGACGCGGUUGAGUGCGACUCGGUUUACAAAUUAGCUAGAAAGUGUUUAGAUGAGAAGAAAAAAAGACCAGGAAGUGAACAAGUACUUGGAUAUUUACAGAAUUUAAAUUUAAAAUAGCUAAAUAAUCCAGAAUUUAUAAAAUAGCUUUAAUCGACAUAACUGUGAUCAUGAAAAGACAUUCCGGGAACAAUUGUAAUAUUUUAUUUCUAAGAUGGAAAUAUAUUUUCGAAAUUGGACUCAAAAUAUGAAAA